ACCUGCAAGGUGUAUAUUUAAAGCAAGAAAAGGAACUUGAGCUAAUUCAAGCUUAUACUAGAAAAAAGAUUAGCCAACUAAAUGCAUCCAAUACUAGGCUUGGAUCUUCUGAACAGGCAUCCUAUACUGAAAUUCAAUCACUUAAAUCUGAGAUUAAAACACUAAAGAAAAAAGUGACCCUUACCCAGAAAGCUUCGUCCUUUGACAAGGAUGAGAUUCUUUGUCUUAAAGGUGAAAUAAAUAAACUGAAAGCUGAAGUAGAAGAAUUAGAAUCAAAGAUGGAAUUAGAACGGACAUCUUAUGAUUCAGAUACUACUUCAUUUAGGGAUAAAAUAAGUGAAUUAAAUUCCUUUAAUCGUAUAUUGGAGCAGAAAAGGGAUGAUUUAAAUUCAAAGAAACAUGAAUUGGAAGCUGAGGUAGGGCGUAAGGAUUCUGAAAUCACCUCUCUUGAAGCUAAAAUAAAUGAGCUAGAGAAA